UCGGCACUUGGCGGAAGGCUACCAAUAAGCCACGGUGGAUAGGCUGUUCAAUCGACACAUGGCUCAAUACGACACACAAAAGCAGUGACCAACCGAUGCAAGUCCCUGCUGUGCCGACAAAUCGGACUGGUAGCACUUCCUGGCGAAUUGGUAGCCACAGAGGCAGACCGAACACGCCGAGCAUCAUUAAAAUCUGUGGUUUGCACUGUAUGUCAACAACCUUGACGUCGAGAGCAAAAUGGACACCAGCGCUGCAGUGAUGGCUUUGUCUGGCAAUACCACAACGGCCUUUUCUGCUAAUUCUUCUACGACCGAUGUCUCCAACAACUCAACCGCUGUUUUCUGGAUGGAAAACAUAACGACAACGGUUAGUCACUCUCUGCAGACCUACCCCGAGAGAGUCGUUGUCGCUGUAGUCUGGCUCCUGAUCGCGGUGUUCAACGUCACAGGUAACACCAUGGUCAUCCUGGCCGUGGUGUGCAGUAAGAAGCUGCGGACAUCCACCAAUGUCUUCGUGGUCAGUCUCAGCGUGGCUGAUCUUCUGACAGGCCUGGCAUUACCCAUGAGCGCUGUUGGACUGCUCAGUCCAGGAAACACUUGGCCGUGGUCCACCGAGACUCCCUGCUACUUAGCUGGCCUACUACUUUUUGUCAGUUCUUGUGCUAGUCUCUACAACUUGGCCUCUAUCGCCCUGAACAGACUGAUCCUCAUCAAGCGCCCGAUGACUCUUUACCGUAGUCUCUACACCAAGCGCAAUGUAGUCAUCAUCGUGGUAGCCAUCUGGUUUGUUGCCUUUGCAACGAUGAUCGUUCCACCGAUCUUCGGCAUUGGAGGGUUCGGCUACGACGAGCAGCAUCACACCUGCAGUGACCUGGAUACCCAUCCGAAGGCCAAAACCUUCAAGAGGAUCCAAACCUCCGUCGGGUAUCCCAUCCCUUUCAUCACCAUUGUCACUUGCUACACCAUGAUCUUCUUGCACGUCCGCCGCCACUUCCAGGCCCAGAGAUCCAUGCGAGUUGCGAGCAGCUACACCGGCCCGGUUUGUGCUACCACGGGCAGUUCUAGCUUCGUGGUGUCUGACAGCAGUGAUGCCUUGAAGACAGCUCAAAGCGACCGUGUCUACCGCCAGCAGCUCGAAAUCACCAAGAAUCUCUUCAUGGCAGUCUGUGCCUUCUUCCUCUGUAUCACUCCGUACUGCGUGGCGCUUUUCAUCCCCGACACCGACCGAUGCCUUCUGUUUUUGGGCGUGGUCUUUACCUUCAACAGCUGCGUCAACCCGAUCGUAUACGCCGCCAAACAUCCACAGUUCAAGAAGGUUUUGCGCCGUAUGAUGAGAUGCCGGUGCUCACAGAUCGAAGAGCCGUCUAAUGCACUCAAAGCUGUCGUGGCUUGCUGUCGCAAGGCGUGAACUGCAGUCAAAUAUGCCUAACAUGACCUUUCCUAAUCUUGAAUUGGCAAAACGGCACAUAUCAUUGCUGUCAUGAUGUACCUUCCUCGAGCAGAUGCACCGCCUCAUUGGUCGAAAAGAGCCAUAUUGAUCGGGAGUGUUCAUUUUGUUGGUAGCGAUGUCACCGCAACGCGCUGAUUUUACAGUCGUUCGUGAACCAGCGAAGUUCAGUUGCGACUCCGAAUUACUUGGCUGUGGCCUGAAAUUACGCACGAGUCUAUGAUAGUGGCCGCGACCAGUUCGCGUAGAAUCGUGUGUAGUGUCAAGCCGUAGCAAAGUAAUUCGGACACGGCCAAAGAGCCUCCGUUGCUAAGAAAAUACGCCCUCUUUUAGUCCAGCUCGAGGCUCAUACCGUGUUAUUGUUUGAGCAUACACAGUCAAAACAAUUAACGGUUAGAGUUUAGACACACUUCUAAACACACUCGUACUUAAAAAGAAAGAAGAACCAACAGGAAGACAAAACGACAGCACAUAACUCACACAAAGGGUGUUGUCAGACUCUGGGAGGGCCUGCAAUUGCGCAACUCUAAGCCCCAUUUCGUUAAAAAAGGUAUUGAACGCGCGCGUACAUACGAUUGCCUUGUGCAGGAGCGAGGCGUCGCUACCGUAAUGGUUACUAAUCCUCACGUUCGGCUUGUCCUACCAAACGGAACACGCAGUGCAGCAUAUCCUCCAUUAAUUAUCUUUGAAUUUACGAAGCCGCAGAGGGCCAGCCCGCGGCACUUACAAUAGUCUUCGGUCCCACUUCUGUGCAUGUACAUAUCCUGUGCUCUGGUUCGGUUUUAAUAAAACGAAAUUGCCUAGAAAUUUGUCUUGAAAAGAAAUAUUUUCUGGGGAACUUCGCAAGUUCAAUCUCAAAAAAGGCAUGCAACGAAAGUACAAGCAUUGAGAGUAGCACGUUCUGAAAACUAAAACGAAACCUAAAAGUACAUAUAUACAGACAGUGUAUAUUUGUUUCGUAUGCAGAGUUAAACCUUUAUCAAAUACAUACUUCUAUCUUUAUCAAAGUACAUGCAUGUGUAUCAAAAACACAACAUUUUACUCAGGCGUCCUGGUUUUUCUUUUAAACAGCCUUAAAUUUAAGCAUCAAGUCUCCACGGCAUCGUUCAAGGGUGGUGUGGUUUAAUGACGUACCCCUCAUGAGUCGGUAUUGAUGCCAAAUUGUCGAGCCGUCGGCAAGAACAGAAAAGGAAGGGGACAGAAGGGUGGAAAUCACGUUUCAGGUGGGGAAAUCAGACUACAAUUACAAUCAUUCCAGGAUGGCAAACUUCCAACUCCACUCAGCACUUCGUUUCGGUUUCAUUGUUAAUUUGCCGACUCUAAUCUUAUAGAGCGUAUAAGCUGUGAUUGUAGCAUGUUUGAAAAACUAAGAUGAUAUUUAUGAAGCACCCAAGUAUAGUAAAUGCUUGUUGAACAUGCAGCGUAAUUACCUUUAUACCCAUUGUAGCACUUGUGUGUCCUGUCUUAGUAGCCUUAGCUCUACCCAGUUUUGUAAUCGAUUAGAUUUCAAUCGGAGACUUUGAGGCGCUCGGAGGCAACUAAACACACGGGUCCUUUUUAACAAUUCUGAGCAUGCGCGCGUUAAUCUGAGCAUGCGUGCGUAGUUCUCAACACGCGCAAUACUAUACAAAAACAGAGAUUAUAAGUAGAACUACAUGAACUCUACGUGCAAAUAGAAUGGGUAUGUCUGCUGCCACCACCGUCUCAAAGUCUCCCAUUAGUCACGGACGUGUAUAAUAAAAUCUGGACUCGCAGUG